AUGUGUAUAUGAGUUAAAAAUUGAAAUGAUAUCGUCUAAAGAAAAGCUACUAUCUCUACCCUGGCAGCAAAGAAAAUAUGAAAACCAUAAAAGAAAGAUACAAACAGCAGUGCCAGUGGUUGACAACAAAUCGCCACCUCACCGCAGACAUGUCGCUGUCAAACUGAAGAAACUACAAAAAGAGGAUGAAAGGUCCAGAAGAAUAGAAAAAGACAACUUGAUACUACUUCGGAGACUGAACCAUAUAAUGACCAAUCAUUGGUUAGACAAUUAUUUACCGCCACAGCCAAAUUUUUUGAACAGGGUCAAAAUAUUCGAGACUGAAGAUGAUUCCGGUAUAGAUAUAGUUGAAUUGGCUCGAAGUAUAGAUUUAGAUAUGGAGGAGAUUGAAGAUAAGAGUAGUAAAGAAAUUUCUUAUAGAAAAUUAAAAUGUAUUGCCUGUUCACCGAUCAAAAUCCUAGAACCAAUUAAUGUGCCAGAAGAAAGAGUACCGUGGGAACCACAAAAGAAAAAAAUCGGAAGAAGCCGCUCGGUGCCUCCAAGAAGAUCAGUUAUUUUCCCCAGCAUAGUGGACAAGCCAAAAUCAGCAGCUGUUGCCAAUGUGAAACAGAAAUCUGAGCCUGAAGUAAAAGAAACCACGAAAACCACUAGAGUAAAAACUAGAGAAAAACCCGCAUUGCGAUAUACCGAUCCCAGUCGGAUUACCUUAACUCGCGGAUCGUUGAAGUUAUCUCUAAAUUUCCCAGUCGAUACGGUUGUUAACAUCGAUAGGAAACAAGUAAUCAGUAGUUUGUGUAAAUGUUCCAGUCAUGUCGCCGUCAAAAUAUAAUAUGUAUUUACAUUAUAUUUUGAAAGCGGAGGUAAAUCGAGUGUAUUAAACCGUAUGAAG